UUGCAAGCAUCAACAUCUUCCUUUUUUUUUGUUAUAGAAAGCGUCCAUAAUUUUGAAUAUAAUUCCGUAACAACUUGAUAUUAAUCUUUAGGGAAUUUAAUGAAAUAAACUCUCAACUAUUGGCUCAUCCAUAUUUAAACCCUCUAGUAUUUUUAUAAUAAAAAAAUUCCUUAACUAAAAUCGGUUACAAAAACAAACCCUCUGUCUUUGCAAACGUUUAUAACCUAACGCUUUUACUUUUUAACCAUUUAAAUGAAAUAAAACAAUAAGACACAUUUACUAAAUCAUAGAAACGAAGAUUUUUAUUAUAAACUACACAAAGUUUUGGGGUUCAUUAACUCACAACAAGAAGCCCUAAAAUCAUAAAAUGUUGAACGAUAGGUGGGCAACAGAGACGGAAAUUGCUAGCCUGAUCCGAAUACCAGUGCACCGUAUUCUGUUUCUUUUCCGUGGCCCAUGAUGAUAAAGUAAUAAAAAAUGGUGAGGAAAUACAACAACCAAGAAACGAAUUUGAUUUUUUCUUUUUUUACGUUAUGUGAGUUCAGUGGUCAAGAUGUUCAUAUUAACGAGUCACCAUAUUAUGUAUAAGUCCAACUCUUUUAUUUCCUUUCUUUACUGUGUCUAGAGUUUAUUUGAUCAAAAGGUUACAUUUUUAUCUUAUAAGCAUGACACACAAAAUCAAAACAUUGACAUACAUAAUUUAUUUAUUUUUGAUGCAGGACAAGUUUCUUUAGAUUAUAUGUGAGUGGAUAUUGGACUUCAGAUGGUUCAUAUAUUGGUGAUAUAAGACGAUGCAAAGUAGAGUUUGAAAAUCCAAGUGUAUCAAUGCUAGUAGGCAUGGUUAUGAAUGAAGGCUAAACAUAUUAUAAAUCAUAAUUUCCAUAUGCAGUAACUGUCAACAAGUUGGACACACAAUACGUUCAUGCAAGCGUGAAGCCGUGCCUAAACUAUUUAAGAAACCUCGAGGAAGACCGCGUAAAAAACAGAAGGCUAUAACUGAAGAAAAUGUUAUCACUGAGCCAACGCAUUCUUCUAUAGUUUCUUAGAAGAUAGUUUUUUUUUUGUUUUUCUUAGGUUGUGCUUUUUAUGAAAUUAGUUUGUUUCGGUAAAACUAUGGCCCUUUACCAUGCUCUGUUUUUUGGUAAAAUAAAGUGCUUUGUUUUAAUGAUAAAGUUUUAUUUUGAUAUAUAUUGCUAGCAACCAAACAUCGUGCGAUUUAAUAAAAAAACUUUCUGUUUUUGUGCUAAUAUAAUGCCUCGAUUUCUUUUAUUGAAAUGGUAUAAAGAGAAAAACAUGUUAAGGAAUAAACGUUUGCGAAGACGGAAGGUAAGUUUUUGUAACAGAGUUUAGUUAAGGAAUUCUUUUAUUAUAAAAAUACGUGUGGGUUUAAUAAUGGAUGUGCCAAUAGUUGAGGGUUUAUUUCAUUAAAUUCCCUAAUCUUUACUUAAUUUAUACAUUGGUUUACAGAAAGGAAAAAUAGAGACGAAAUUGGAAGUAUAUAGAAAAUGUAAGGGUCAUUUUCUUGUAUUAUUGGUCAAAGACUCAAACAAUUGGAAAAUCAGUUUUAUUUACACCGUUUAUAGUUAGGAAUAUAAUUCUCUAAAACGUCUCAAAUCUUAUCUUAGAAACUCAAUUUCUGUUUAGUUGUAUCUAACAAUCAAAUAAGAUGUAUUGCAAAUCUAGAAAGUCAUUUCAAUGUAUAGUGCAUAUAACAACUAUAUAUUUUAAGCCAGUCUUUUAUGGACCACAGUUCAGCCUAAAAAGAAUUUCCAGCUAAUGCAUAAGUCUUGUAGCUUAUCAUUUUUAUUUGAAAUAUGUGAAGUUCGUCAAUAAUCAAUUAAGUAAAAUCCUGUACAAAAUGAGAAUGUUUCAAAAACGUAGAAGAUGCGCAGUGAACCAACUAUCAUUUUGUGAUGUAUUAGUUGCUGAUGUAACAAAACUUAGGAAAUAGUAAAACUAACAAACAAGAAAAUUAUAAACAAAGACUAUUAUUUUUCAAUAUAAGCUGAGAUGCAUGCAUUCAGAAAACGUGAAGAAAAAAAAUUCCAGAUAAAGGAUAACUUAUUUAGGCCUGGGCACGGAUCGGAUAUCCGAGUUUUUGAAGGUAUUUGUGAUUUGCUUCGUAAGCCACGGAUAUCUAUCUAAUUUUUCGAUUUGUUUUGCUUCGAAAAAAUACGGAUAUUCGGAAAAACGAAUAUCCGGAAAAUAAAUAGAUAUUUGCGGAUAUUUAUGAAUACUUACGGAUAUCUCAUAUAUUUUGAUUAAUGCAAAUAAUCUUAAAAAUUUGAUACAAAUUUGUUUUGUAAAAUAAUAAUUCCAAAAUAGACACCAAAAAAUUAUUUUUCGAAAUUUAUAUUACUUUAUAGUAUUUUAUAAAUGAAAAUAAAAAACUGUUGCCAGUAGGAAGACUGGGUCAUAACAAUGACAUAAUGGCUGGUCAAAAAAACCGCCAAAACUGUUCUGUUUCUAUUUGGAGGAAAAAAAAAACUUAACUGUUCCUUAAUCACUUGUCUAAGCUUAAUUAGCCACUUAAUAUGAAACUUAUAACACGCCUUUCACAUAUCGACAGCACCUUCUUCUCUUUUCUCUCUCUCUCUCUCUGUCUCAAACCUGCAAACAUGGCUGUUCCUUUGAUCCUCAAGAACCAAACAGAUCACCGACAAGAUCCUCACCCGAACACGACCCAUCUCUCCUCUACGCUUCAAGAAGCCAAAUCAAUCGCCAAAAUAUCCCUCCCGAUGAUCUUAACCGGUUUACUCCUCUACUCUCGCUCGAUGAUCUCAAUGCUCUUCCUCGGCCGUCUCAACGAUCUCUCUGCUCUCUCCGGCGGCUCGCUCGCCCUCGGCUUCGCCAACAUCACCGGAUACUCUCUCCUCUCCGGUCUCUCCAUGGGCAUGGAACCCAUCUGCGUCCAAGCCUUUGGCGCCAAAAGAUUCAAACUUUUAGGCCUCGCUUUGCAAAGGACCACGCUUUUGCUCCUCCUCUGUUCUCUCCCCGUCUCCAUCCUCUGGCUCAACAUCAAGAAGAUCCUAUUGUUCUUCGGACAAGACGAGGAGAUCUCGAACCAAGCAGAGAUCUUCAUCCUCUUCUCUCUCCCUGAUCUGAUUCUUCAGUCUUUAUUACAUCCUCUCCGUAUUUACCUCCGGUCUCAAUCCAUCACUCUUCCUCUCACAUACUCUGCUUUCUUCUCUGUGAUCCUCCACAUUCCGAUCAACUACCUUCUGGUUUCUUCCCUUGGUCUCGGCCUCAAAGGUGUAGCCUUGGGAGCGAUAUGGACUAAUGUGAAUCUCCUAGGGUUUCUGAUCAUUUAUAUCGCGUUUUCGGGUUUAUAUGAGAAGACAUGGGGAGGAUUCUCUAUUGAUUGUUUUAAAGGAUGGAGAUCGUUAAUGAAACUAGCAAUCCCUAGCUGUGUUUCAGUAUGUCUAGAAUGGUGGUGGUACGAAAUAAUGAUUCUUCUUUGUGGACUGUUACUUAACCCGCAAGCAACCGUCGCGUCUAUGGGAAUCUUGAUCCAAACCACUGCUUUGAUCUACAUUUUUCCUUCCUCUCUUAGUGUGAGUGUCUCUACACGCGUGGGGAACGAGCUAGGCGCGGAUCAGCCUGAUAAGGCAAGGAUAGCUGCGAGAACCGGACUCUGUUUAAGCCUAGGGUUAGGUUUAAUCGCCAUGUUUUUCGCUUUGAUUGUGAGGAAUUAUUGGGCUAGAUUGUUCACGGUUGAGGAGGAGAUUCUGAAGUUGACUUCCAUGGUUUUACCGAUCAUCGGUCUUUGCGAGCUAGGGAACGGUCCUCAGACCACAAUGUGUGGAGUUUUGAGAGGAAGUGCUAGACCUAAACUAGGAGCAAACAUAAACUUGUGUUGUUUCUACUUUGUGGGAAUGCCUGUGGCUAUAUGGUUAAGUUUCUUUAGUGGGUUUGACUUCAAGGGACUGUGGUUAGGUAUGUUUGCAGCUCAGGGAUCGUGCCUGGUUUCGAUGUUGGUUGUGUUGGGUAAGACUGAUUGGGAAGCUGAGGUUCAUAGGGCGAAAGAACUCAUGACUAGAUCAAGUGAUGGAGAUGGUGAAGAUGAUAAUGGUAGUGGAAGUAAUACAAUGCCGUUUUUGUUGGAUUCUUUGGAUAUAGAAGAAAGUGGGAACUAUAGGCAUUUGAAUCUGUUUUGAUUUAUUGUAGCACUAACGAUAUUUGUUUUCAUUGUAAACUCUCUAAUUGAUUAUUUUAGGAAGGAACCACUUUAAACAUUAGAUCGUUGGAUUUUUUUAAUUUAAUGUAAAAUAUGAUUUGUGAGAUAUAUUGCAUUUUUCUAGUUUAAUUUCC